CCACCAACGCCUCCACUGCUGCAUUCCCGCCCCACAGAGAUCGCCACCUCCAUCUUCUAUUCUCUUGGGCUCCUCCGCUCCUCUGCUUCUUAAUUGGAUUCCCCUGCUUCCAAGCUCUGGUUUUUAUCAUCCCAUCUAAGAGAAAACCUACUUUCCAAUCCUCAGCUUCCUUUUCCUGGUUCUCGGAUCCUAGAUUCAUACAUCAGGACCCUUAGCUUUAGAAGAAGAAGAAAGAAGGGCAUCUUUGGUCUCAGUUUCUAUCAAGGCCUUAGCUUGUCUUUGGCUUAUAAUCGCAAUGGUUCUUCCCAUGAGGCCAGCCAUACUUCUUCUCUCUCUCCUCCCUUCUUUUAUUCUACCUUGUUUCGCCCAGAACUGCCUCAGCGACACCUUCUCCAACAACAGGCUCUACACCCACUGCAGCUCCCUCGGCCGCCUGAGCGCCACCCUCUACUGGACCUACCACCCUUCCAACGGCACCGCCGAUAUCGCCUACAGGGCGCAGGAGGAAUCCUCGGGGUUCGUCUCCUGGGCCAUCAACCCCUCCAGCUCCGGCAUGAUCGGCGCCAACGCCCUCCUCGCCUUCCACGACUCCGCCGGGACAGUCACCGCGAUCACCUAUCCGUUCUCCAACUUCACUCCUUCAGUGCGGGACAGCAACCUCAGCUUCAGGGUUUACAGCCGGGAGGCCGAGUACUCCGGCGGCCAGUACACCAUCUACGCGACGGUGGAGCUGCCCGGCAACCGCACGUCGUUGGACACCGUGUGGCAGGCCGGGCAGGUCAGUGGAGGGGUGCCCGUCAGCCACGCAUUAAGCGGCGAUAACGUCGACUCGAUAGCAACGACCAAUUUCCUGUCCGGGGAGUCGUCCAGCAGUGGAGGGAGCUCAAAAGAACACCGCAAGAAUAUCCAUGGGGUGUUGAAUGCUGUGAGCUGGGGUGUUUUGAUGCCUCUUGGAGUUAUCAUAGCAAGGUAUUUGAGGGUGUUUAAGUCAGCCGAUCCUGCCUGGUUCUACCUCCAUGUGGCUUGCCAGUGCUCAGCAUAUAUAAUUGGGGUCGCCGGAUGGGGUCUUGGCCUUAAACUUGGCAGUGAAUCUGCUGGAAUUACAUACGAGAGUCACCGGGAUAUCGGAAUUGCUCUUUUCUGCUUAGCCACACUUCAGGUAUUUGCAUUGCUUCUGAGACCCAACAAGGACAACAAAUACCGCAUCUACUGGAAUAUCUACCACCACUCGGUCGGUUACUGUGUCAUAAUCUUGAGUGUUGUCGAAAUCUUCAAGGGUUUCGAUAUCUUGGACCCUGCCAAGAAGUGGAAACGUGCUUACAUUGCGGUCGUCGCAACGCUGGGGGCCAUUGCGCUGGUUCUUGAAGCUGUUACAUGGGCUAUAGUUUUGAAGAGGAGGUCGAGGAGCUCCGAGAAGUCCCACCAUGGUGCAGAUGGGGCAAAUGGGUACGGUUGCAGGCAACAUCAGGUGGCGUAGACGUAGUGUGGCUUGCGUUAUGGGGCAUGUUUGGAGACAUCUCUUUCUAUGAGGACUAUGUGCCAUGGACCCAUUUAUUGAGGAAGAGAUGGUUGCUUAUACAGUUAUUAUUCUUUCUUACUAUACUAGAUGGGUAGGCAAGCAUUAUCUUGCCACUUAGAGAUACACUUUAUUUGUUUUUUUUCUCUUUGGUGUGUGUAUUCAGUUAUAGACUGGGGAUCUCCAUCCCAUUUUAUUGGGCUUGCUUCUUGCAUACACCGCUUGCUUUA